AUGGCGCUCAUCACCAUCAUCUUGACAGUCAUUCUCAUCGCUACCUACUCCCUCCUAACCCUCGUCCGCAAAUGGCAAAAAGCCCCCUCCACCAAACCACUCUCCGUCAACUACCACUUCACCCGCAAAUGCAACAAAACCUGCGUCUUCUGCUUCCACACCGAAAAAAUCUCCCACAUCGCCACAGACACAGACAUGAAGCGCGGACUAAAACUCCUCCAAGAAGCCGGAAUGAAAAAGAUUAAUUUCGCAGGCGGAGAACCAUUUCUCUACCCAGCCAAACUCGGCAUGUUAUGCCAAUUCUGCAAACAAGACCUCGCAUUGGAAUCCGUAUCGAUUAUUUCCAACGGGACCAAAAUCACGAAAAAAUGGUUGGAGAAAUAUGGUCGGUAUGUAGAUGUUUUGGGGGUGAGCUGUGAUAGUUUCAACGAAACUACUAAUAUCAAAAUCGGACGAGGAACGGGGGAGAAUGUCAAGACGUUAUUCUUGAUUAGAGGUUGGUGUCGAGAAAUGGGGAUUAAAUUCAAACUCAACACUGUAGUUCUACGAUGGAAUUGGGAAGAGGAUAUGGCGUCGACGAUCACCUUGUUGGAUCCCUUCCGAUGGAAAGUCUUUCAAGUUUUGCCCGUUGGAGGGGAAAAUGAUGCUUCUACAAUGGAGACGUUGCUCGAUCAGCGGAAACGGAAUGUGAGAGAUGUGUUGGUUAGUAAGGAGCAAUUUGGGGAUUUUUGUAGAAGACAUGAGCAUUUGGAUUGUUUUGUGCCGGAGACGAAUGAGCUUAUGGCUAAGAGUUAUUUGAUUUUGGAUGAGUAUUUGAGGUUUUUGGAUAAAGGGGAUGGAGUUGAGAGGGCUUCGGCGUCGAUUUUGGAGGUUGGGGUUUGUGAGGCGCUGGCUCAGGUUGAGUGGGAUCAGGAGGCGUAUGUGAAGCGUGGUGCGGUUUAUGAAUGGAGUCGGGAUUUGGUGGAGGGGGAAGAAGGAUGUGGUAAUGGCUCUGCAAAGGAGCUUGAUUGGUAG